CCCGAUUUUCUAGUUGCUGUUCAUAACCUGCUACUACCACCAUGGCUGUCCGCGGGUUCGGUCUAUUCGUGGCCCUCGGGCUAUCCCUCUCUUCUCUUGCGGGCAUUCUACUCGCCAUUCUGGGCGGCAUCAACAAUGACUCCUACGUGCUCCGAAAUCUCUUCCCUUUCCAAAUCGAUCUAACGACGUUUUUCGCCAACGAACCCGAAGGCGCCCAUCGCGGAGCUAUCCCGGGUAUCACCAACAACAGUGUGGGUGACAUCCCUGGAAUGACAUCGGAAACACAGGCCUUUGCCAGUGCAUUGUGGCACGCGCGCGGUGCAGAUGUGCUGUCACAGUUUUACAACGUCUAUCUCUGGGAUUACUGCACCAGCGAUACGUCUGUAGUCGCUUCGAGUGCUGUUUGCAGCCCUCAUAGCAGUCAUGACAAGUUUGACCCCUUCACGGCAAUGGAUCUAUCCAGGUGGACGGGCUCGCAACCAGAGGACAGCGUCUAUCCCGAGAAGCUAGCGAGUGGAAUGCGGGUUUAUCGGGCCGCUGUUAACUGGCUACGGGCCUCGUUGAUUCUCGCUGCGAUUGCCAAAUUCAUCGAGCUGGUCCUCGCGGUUGUGGCAGUCGGCGCAUCCGUAUUCAUCCUCCUGGUCACCAUCACGCAGACAGCGAUCUGGUCAUUUGUCGUCGCCGCAUGGCAUAACAGUUUGUCCUCUAUCGGGGUCGAUGCGCACCUAGGCAAGGGCUUCGUGAUCAUACUGUGGUUGGCGACAAUACUCUCCUUUAGCAGCAGUAUCUGGUGGCUCUUUACCCUGGUUUGUGCCAACCAUCGUUCAGGACCAGGCCGUCGUCGCUGGAUGCCCAAUGUCCGCGCUACUCAGAGUUAUCGCUACGAUAACAUGGGAAAUACGAGCCAGCCCCAACACGACUUUCCCAUGUCGACAGAUGUUAAUUUCGCGCAUACUCCUGUGCACAGUCGGUCGCCCAGUGAGGCGGCUGAGGAACAGUUGAUUGGGAAUUCGUAUGAAAAUUAUCGUCAUCAGGCUGCUAUUUCGGAGGACAAGGUUUGAUAUGACAUUAUGAUUAUAUGAGGCGAAUGCGCCUAGAUGGUAAUGUUCAAUAUAGCUAUGGAUUAUAUGCGGAAUCACGAUAUUUAAAGAUCUCUAAAUUACCAACAACUGGUUAUUCACAUUAAACAUGUUGACUGGUACUCAAUGUCAAGGACGUAGUCGUAUUCUGCAAACCCUAUUGAGCAUGG